UAUUCUAAGAUUCACUUGCCAUUAUUAUGCAAUAAAAGGGAGUGUCAUGAACGCAUUGUUUUUUCUUUAACACCUAAACUCAACAAGUUCUUUCACUAGCACUGUCCCUGCCACUGCUACUAGCAAUGUUUAAUGUUGUUGUCCUCAUGAAAUCUUUUCUUACUAUCAUUUUUCUACUUCUUUUGUUCUUUCCUUUAACUUCUUCCCUCCAACAAGUGCAAACAAAACUAGUUGAACCACCUUUGCUUCCAAAAAAUUCAUGCAAUGAAACAUGUGGAAAACUCCAUGUUCCAUUUCCAUUCUACAUCAACAACACUUCAUGUGCUUCAUUGUCAAGUUCUUUCCACCUCUCUUGCUCAAAUUCAUCCACCCUUUUGAUCAAAAUAGGUUCACAAAACUAUCCCAUUUUGGAAUUCUUUUCAGAUGGUUUGUUAGUAGACUUUCCAGGAACCUCAUCGUGUCGACAGUACAACGAUUUGAAUUCAUUUGGUGAGAGGAGUUUUGAUGGAAGAAACUACUUUGGUGUAUCAGUUGAUAAUGUUGUUGGUCUGUAUGAUUGUGAAGAUUCUUCACUUUGUAAAGCAGAUUGUGAAACAGUUAAUCUUCCUGGUUGUGAUGGAAGUGUUGGUGGUGGUUCUCUUGGAUGUUGUUAUCCACUUUCUGAUCAUAGUAUAUGGCAUAUUGGUGAAGGGUUUUCUGUUUUUUCACAAUUUGGAUGUAGGGGAUUUUCUAGUUGGGCUGUUUUGAGAGGGUCUUAUUCAGGUAAAAGAGGGGUAAAAUUGGAAUUUGGUAUUCCUAGGAACUUUUCUAAGGAGAUUUGUGCUAAGAAUGCAGAUAUGGUGAAUGCUACAGCAGUUAAAGGUGGCAUAAGGUGUGUUUGUCAAGAUGGAUUUGUUGGUGAUGGUUUUGUUAAUGGAACAGGAUGCUUAUUAUCAUGUAUCAAGAAUGGAAAGGAAGCAUAUGGAAGUGACUGCUAUAUCAAAAGACAUGAUCAAAGAAAAAUGGUUAUCAUUGCUGGAAUUCUUUGUCCAGUUCUUAUUGUUGCCUCCUUAGUUACACUAUUCUAUCUUCUAAAAAGAAAACAAAGGCCAGGAAUGUUCGAUUCUGAGCAAGCUUAUUACCACAACAUUUCAUUCCGAAAAACGUGUAGAACUCGACUAUUCAGCCACCAUGAGCUAGAGGAAGCCACCAAUGGUUUUGAAGAUAACAGAAAACUCAUGCAAUGCAAUAACAGCACAAUGUUUGCCGGUGUUCUUGGUGAUGGAUCGCAUGUAGCUAUACACAAGUUAUUAAAAUGUGAGAAUGAAAAAGACAUGAUGCAAGUCAUGUCACAAAUUGAAGUCCUAUCUACAAUUGUACAUAGAAAUGUUGCAUCAAUUCUUGGCUGUUGCAUUGAUUCUAGCUACACUCCUCUAGUGGUUUAUGAAUAUCCUUCAAAUGGUACCUUAGAGGAUCAUUUACACCAAAAGUUCCAAAACAUAGGACAAAAGCUUGGUUUACAUUGGUAUAGGAGAUUGAAUAUUGCAACAGAAAUAGCUAGUACUAUUGCAUUGUUACAUUAUGAUAAAUCUCCUCCAAUAUUCCAUCAUAACCUAAAGUCUAGUUGCAUCUUCCUAGGUGAUGAUUUUUCUGUCAAGAUUGCAGGAUUUGGAAUACAUAAUUCUGAUGUUAAUAAUUAUGAUUACAAGAAUUGUGAAACUCGCGAACACUUUCGCUUGUGCAAAAAUGAUGUCUACGACAUAGGUUUGUUGCUACUCGAGAUUAUCUACGGAACAAAUCAAUUGGACUCACCUACAUUAGCCUUGAAGAAAAUUAGGGAUGGAAAGAUCGAAGAAAUUGUCGAUCCACUUCUUAAUUAUUACGAACAACCGCGUCAUUGUCAAGAACAGAUUCAGAUCAUUGCUGACCUUGCCACAAGAUGUUUUCUGUUUAGUGGAGAUGGAAAGAUGGGAAUGAUUGAUGUUGCUAGGGAAUUGGUUCAUUUGACAAAAGAUAGUGUUGAUGGAGGAAAUGUGAAAGGAAUUGCUCUUGAAGAAACAUUCUCAAAUUCUAGUCUUCUUCAAAUGAUAUCUUUGUCUCCUGAUUCUAUGAAUGUUCCUUGAAUUUCAAUCUUCAACUAUGUUUGUUAGUCACAACAAUAUGAGAUGUCAGAGUUAUGUGUAUGUGUGGAUUAGAAAUUUCCUAGUACUGUACAUUGAGACCAUGGAUUCUAAACUAAGAUGUAUAAUUAAGCAAGUGUAUGCUAUCUUAUAUGUGAUUAAUGAUUAUUCUGAUGGAGCACCAUAUUCUUGUAUAAGACUAUCAACAAGAGCUAAUUAGUUAUGAUAAAUUCAUGGUAUUAGAGAA